CAUUUACAGAAGCCGCUUGCUAUAUAUUUGCCCGUCACAAACUCUACAACGUCAAAGUCGAUGAAAGCGAUUACAGCACGCAAUCUUCAAAACAUUGUGAAAUCCAGUUACUGUGCAUAUCGGUUCAAUUUCGCAGAGAUGGCUACGGAAUCAAGUUCGGACUACAAGGGUGCAAAGUCGGUGUAUGACUUUACCGUCAAGGACGGUCAUGGCAACGAUAUCAGCUUGGAGAAAUACCGCGGUAAGGUGUUACUGGUCGUCAACAUCGCUUCCAAGUGUGGCCUAACCAAGGGAAACUAUGCUGAAUUGACGGAAUUGUCACAGAAGUAUGCGGACAAAGAUUUCAAAAUCUUGUCCUUCCCGUGCAAUCAGUUUGGAUCUCAAAUGCCAGAGAAGGAUGGGGAAGAAAUGGUAUGCCAUCUGAGGGACGCCAAGGCUGAUGUGGGAGAUGUUUUCGCAACGGUCAAUGUCAACGGUGACGAUGCGAGUCCCCUGUACAAAUAUUUGAAGCACAAGCAAGGCGGAACUCUGGGUAACUUUAUCAAGUGGAACUUUUCAAAGUUCCUAGUCGACAAGGAUGGACAACCGGUGGCACGUUUUGCACCGACCACAACUCCGUUGGAUAUUGUCAAGGAUAUCGAUAAAUUGUUGUAGAAUAAUAUUUUCAGUAAUGCAGUCUCCUUGUAAUGCUUGUCCACGCAAACAGCAUCACGCAUUUCCUAUAAGAGGUUAUUUUUGGAUUGUCAGUUAAAGGAAUAUGAAAAUAAAAUUAGCUUUGUACUGUGUUUUGCUCA